CCUGGGUUUUAUCCGGCAACAUCUUUUCUUUUAUCCGUUCGAUCAACUUCCAAGUGAUAUACUCGACCUGACCCCAAUCCAACUAGCCCUCUCUAGUCCUUUCAUCUAGUCAGUUGUCUAGGACGACACCUUUGCGCUGUUUUAUCUUACCUUGCUAUUUUAUAUCGAGUCUUACUUUCUAGUCUUAGUAUCUAGAAGGUUCUUUCUUGUGGCACACUUGUUUUAUUAGUACGACGUUAUGGGCGCAAAAUGACCUUAGCAGUCGGCGCGCCCUAAAGCCCCAAUCAACAAACAAGAGAACGUCAUCCUCCCCCGCCCUGUCUACUCCAUCAGCCAAUCGGUCGGGCGCUUUCCCGACUGGCCUUAUCAGUUUAAAGGCUGCUGCUGAAGUGGCUGAUGACCCGGCACCAUCUCGCACGUAAUGGGGUCCAGGACAGUUGUAACAGGCGACCGGUCCCCUCGGAGCGCCUCCCAGAGACGCGGCGGGACUUGUCCCUGGUGUCCCGGAGCCGCAGAUCGAAGUAUGGGAUACUGGGGUAGCCGAGUCGGGAAAAGUAUUUCGCCUAGUUCUUUCUCCCUUCCGCGCCGUAUUCGCCACUUCUUUCUCCCUUCCGCGCCGUGAUUCGCCAGAGAAUUCGCGACGGUGACGGGGUGACGUCGUGUCUGUGAGAACUGUGGCUGCGACUGCUGCCGGGCCCAUCCCCGCUGGAAGCGACAUUGCUCUUCCGAGGACUCGCGCUGCUCCUAAUUCCGGCAUAACCCGGUCGUAACCGCCUCGACAUGAAGUCUGACCGGUUCUUGACUGACACGUGUGUUCUUUGCCGGUACUGCGGCCGCGACUGCGGCAGGCGGCGCUUGGGACUGCUGAAGACUCCGCGGAACCACCGAGGACUGAGGAGAGCGUAGCCGAGGGACACCGAAAACAGCCUAGGAGUUGGGACCGACAGACGACACCUGAACUGCUGAGCACUACCCGGGGAGCCAUGCUGCUGCUAGUGGAGGCGUUCUUCGCGGGCUCUCACCGGCAGCUGAUCACCACACUGAUGGACGGUCUACGGCUCGAUGAGACCAACUGUCGGCUGGUGACCAUGUCGGGUCGGAAGUGGCACUGGCGCGCGCGGACCUCGGCGCUGCACCUGGCCCAGCAUAUCCCCCGCGAGACGUACAGCGUACUGUUCACCUCGUCGGUGACUCCUCUGGCCGAGCUCUGCGGCCUCCGACCGGACCUGGCCGCCGUGCGAAAGGUGCUCUACUUCCACGAGAACCAGCUAGUGUAUCCGGUGAGGAAGGCAGCCGACACCGACUUCCAGUACGGCUACAACCAGAUCACUGGCUGCCUGGUCGCCGACGAGGUGGUGUUCAACUCUCGGUACAACAUGGAGUCGUUCCUCAACAACAUAGACCACUUCAUGAAGACCCAGCCGGACUACCGUCCCAGGGGACUGGCUGAACAGAUACGGGUGAAGUGCCGGGUGCUGUACUUCCCGCUGUGUGUUCCGGAGACUGUCCUGGCGCUGCGGGAAGAACGGUCCGAGACAGACCAGGACCGGGAGAGCGGCGGAGACCGGGACCGGGACCAGGACCAGGAGAGCACCGAGGACCGGGACGGGGACCAGGAGAGUGCUGAAGACCAGAACCACAGCUCAGAGUCGGAGCGCCCGCUCCACAUUCUGUGGCCGCACAGAUGGGAGCAUGACAAGAACCCGUCGCUGUUUUUCGACACGCUGACGCGGCUACACGAUGAGGGGGUGCCGUUUCGCUUGUCGGUGCUGGGAGAGCGGUGUCGGGAGGUACCGGACGUGUUCGAGCGAGCACGGACCCAGCUGGAGGACCAUAUCGAGCACUGGGGUUACCUGCCGUCCAGGGAGGACUACUGGCGCGUGCUGGGAGCGGCUGACGUGGUCGUCUCCACGGCCGAUCACGAGUUCUUCGGCGUCGCCGUCCUGGAGGCGGUGUGGUGCGGCUGUCUGCCACUCUGCGCGGACCGGCUCGUCUACCCGGAGUGGUUCGAGCGGCCGCUGCUGUUCCGCACCCCGGCCCAGCUGCUGAAGCGGCUGAGACGGCUGUGCCGGCGGCCGGGGGCGGCUCGCGCCGAGCGGCGCAGACUCCGACCGGACCUGGAGCGGUUCGGGUGGCCGGCGCUGAGAGAGCCGUACCGUGAACUGCUCGGCCUGCCGCCCGAACGGGACGGGGAAGAGGACCGUGAGGGAGACGGGCACGGGGAAUGUGAGGGUGGCAGUCACAGUGGUGGAAACAUAGGAGGAGACAGGGACAGUGACAGAGAUGUGGACAGAGAAUCAGGCGAAGGAACUGGCGGUAAUGGAGACGGUUGUGAAUGUGAUGUUGAUAAGGAGUUAGGUAGAUAACCACUUGUGAAUUGUGGGGAGACCGACGCGUCAAGUGCGCGCGAACUGUCGGAUCGUGACCUGCGGCGAGAUAGCGGUGUGAGAUGAAUAUGUCGUUUUUCUCACAGACAAUGACAAUACAAAAACAAUGUAAUAAGACCAGACGUUUCGACAACAAAGUGCCUUCGUCAGUGGAAAACAAG